AGCGCGGUCAAUGUUUUAGGGUCUGGAUUCAGAGCCUAAAAUAGCAAAAAUAAUACAAGAUGGCUGCGCCCGUGAUUCGCAAGAGUGUUGACAAAGAAACUAAAUAUGACCGCCAGUUAAGAUUGUGGGGUGAUCAUGGUCAGUCAGCACUGGAGAAUGCCAAGAUCUGUUUGAUCAAUGCAACAGCCACUGGUACAGAGAUUCUUAAGAAUCUCAUCUUACCAGGCAUUGGCUCCUUCACUAUUAUAGAUGCUAACAAAGUCAAAGGAGAAGAUGUCGGCAACAACUUCUUCCUAACCCAGGACAGCAUAGGAAAAUCCCGUGCACAUGUGGCUACAGAAUUAUUGCUGGAGCUAAACGCCGACGUGUCAGGUAAUGCUGUUGAAGAGUCUCCUGAGCAAAUUCUAGAGAACAAUCCAGACUUUUUUAAAAGCUUCACGAUUGUGGUUGUCACUGAUCUUGUUGAAAGGACGUUACUUGACCUGUCAUCAAUCUUGUACUCUGCUGAUGUUCCAUUGCUCGUGUGCAGAAGCUAUGGUAUGAUCGGCUACAUGAGACUAGCAGUGAAGGAGCAUACGGUUAUUGAAUCUCACCCUGAUAAUGCCCAUGAAGACCUCCGAUUGGAUCGACCAUUUCCCAAGCUCAUUGAAUAUGCAAAUUCAUUGGACUUAGAAGCAAUGACUAAACAGGAACAUAUGCACACUCCAUACCUGAUACUACUAUAUAAAUUCCUGGAGAAGUGGAAAGAAACGCAUGAUGGGCAGAUUCCAAAAAAUUACAAAGAAAAGAAGAGUUUCAAAGAACUACUACGAAGUAGCAUUCGAAUAAAUGAGCAUGGAGCUCCGGAAGACGAGGAAAAUUUUGAUGAGGCAAUAAGCGCCGUAAACACCGCCCUCAUCCCAACAAAAAUUCCCUCGGACGUCCAGAAAAUACUAGAUGACCAAGCAUGUACAAAUUUAUCUUCUGAGAGUUCACCAUUCUGGAUCAUGGCACAAGCUUUAAAACAAUUUGUUGAAAAUGAAGGCAAUGCGAUGUUGCCACUGCGAGGGUCAAUACCAGAUAUGACAGCAGAUUCAAAGCGAUAUAUUCAACUUCAAAAUAUAUACAAAGAGCAAUCAAGAAAAGAUUGCAUUGCAGUGACCUCAAGAGUUCAACAAAUAUUAGUUUCCCUAGGAAAGGUAUCUGACAGCAUACAAGAUAAAGAAAUCAAGCUUUUCUGCAAGAACUCUGCCUUCUUACGUGUCAUCCGAUGUCGGUCGCUGGCCGAGGAGCAUUCAGCGGACACAGCAGCUGUACAGGAAAUAUCAAUGAAUCUGGAAAACCCAGACAGUGAAAUUGCCUGGUACAUAAUGUUGAGGGCGGCAGACAGAUUCUACAGUCAAUACAGCUAUUUUCCUGGCAGCUAUGAUGAUCAGGUUGACAGUGAUGCAGUUAAGUUAAAGGUGAGGCCAUGUAGCAUUUAA